AUGGAAAACAAGUUUGCCAAAGCAGCUAUCAAAGCUGUGUUCUGGGGCACUACCACAGGAAUGCUGGGGGUGCCUACCAGAACCUUGAUGUUGUGGUGUCAUCUGCCACUGGGUGCCAGCUGGGCAAAGACAUCCACGGGGGUCCGAGUAGUGGUAGUCACCACUGAGAAGAUCGUUCAUCUGUUCUAUGGUUUGGAUGAGCUGAGUGAGAGGGGAAUAGAAGGUGACCUGAUGGACUUCAUGAAGGAGAAAUGA